UGGCGAACGCGCUGCGACUUAGCCCUUUUUGGCGACUCGGCUGCGAAUCAGUUGCGACACUGCUGCGAACGCGCUACGACUCAGCUGUGAACAAAUCGCAGAAAAAUCGCAGCGCUUUCGCCAUCCAAUUUCGCCAAAGUAGGAACGGGGCGUGGAGAGGUGGCUAGCCCUUAUUCGCGCUUUGUUAGUAUAUUCUUCAACAGCUCUAGUUAAUAUACACCCAUCAAGUAAUAUCCUCCUCAAAAUCAAGAAUAACUAGAAUAAGACCCAGGAAAUCAGCAAAUAACAGCGACAACCCAACAUUCCAAUAGUCCCUCCUGGUCUCCGCCUGCCUUCCCUUCUCCAGAAUCGAAGUUAACUAGAAGAGACGAAUAAAUCACGCAAUAAAAUAUAGACAUCCGGAAUUCCCACAGUUUCCCACCCAAAAUCAAGCAUAACUACAAGUAAACCCAAGAAAUAACGAAAUACGAGAGAUAAGCCAACAUUUCUUUGGUCCCUCCUGAUCUUCGCGCGCUCGUGCUUUGUGUCAGCCUCCCAUCAGCCUCUCACACUCUCCCUCCCUCACUCUCUCUCCCUCACUCGGGCGGAACCGGACACUCACCGACCCGGGGAGACUGAGGAGGCCUGUUGUUGUCAUUUACUUUAAUUUCUUUAUUUUCCCCCAAAGUUUAGCAAAAUAGGUGUUAAGAUGUCCGCCCGUAGAGCCACGCACGCCGGCAGCUGGUAUACUGACUCAGCCACAGACUUGGCCCGGCAGCUAGAGAACUGGUUGGGACAGGCAGACCUCUCUCAUGGACCAGCACGCGCCAUCAUUGCUCCACAUGCAGGUUACCAAUACAGUGGUGCCGUUGGUGCCUAUGCAUAUCGACAAGUGUCUCCCGUUGUUGUGAAGCGGGUGUUCAUUCUCGGUCCCUCACAUCAUGUCCGGCUGUCUGGCUGUGCACUGUCCUCGCUCACCAAGUACCGGACCCCUCUCUAUGAUCUCACCGUUGACCAGCAAGUAUACAACGAGCUGUACCAGACGGGUCACUUUGAGACGAUGAGUGUAUCAGCGGAUGAGGACGAGCACAGUAUUGAGAUGCACCUUCCUUACGUCGCCAAGGUCAUGGAGGACUUCCGGGACCACUUCACCAUUAUCCCUGUGCUGGUGGGGUCCCUCACGCCGGAAAGAGAGGUGCUGUACGGACGCCUGCUUGCCCCAUACCUUGCCGAUCCCCAGAGCCUGUUUGUGAUAUCCUCUGACUUCUGCCAUUGGGGUCAACGCUUCCGCUACACCUACUAUGACCGCUCUGUGGGGGAGAUCUGGCAGUCCAUACAGAAGCUGGACAAGCAGGGCAUGAACCUUAUCGAGACCUUGAACCCCAGUGCCUUCACCGAGUACCUGAAGAAGUACGGCAAUACCAUCUGUGGCCGCCAUCCCAUCGGAGUGUUGCUCAAUGCCGUGGCCACCCUAAAGACCACCAACGGGCACCGCAUGAUGCUAAAGUUCCUGCAGUACGCCCAGUCCUCCCGCUGCUACACCUCCUCAGACUCCUCCGUCUCCUACGCCGCCGCCUCCCUCAUAUUUGAGUAGACCUUGGCACCCGCAGGGGGAGGGAGACCCACCGCCACACCUGCCCCGCCCCAGGCCACCUGGGGGCUGGCCCGUCCCAGCUGGGCGCACCCCCUGGCUGCCGGCGACUUCCCCGAGGCCUGGCACUGCCGGUGCUCCCAGCGGCCUGUGGUAGAGCAGGAGGCACCCUUCCUGCCGGCACUGUGCCUGCAGGGCUGGCUCUGCGGCCCGCACGGCUCCUGCCCCACCCGCCGUGGGUCAGCCCCAGGGGCCGCCCACCAGUGCGACAUGCACUUCUGACGGCGCCUGCAGCCCAGCGGGGAGGCGGGCAGCAUGGUGCCGGGCCACCCCAGGUGCACUGUGCAGGCCAGGCAGCCUCCCGGCAGUGUUGUGCGGCUCCAGUACCAGGUGGGUGAGUGUGGCCUGCCCUCCCUCCUCCACUCACCUUCCCUCUGCCUCCCUCCUCCCUCCUCCACUCCCUGACCCACACUCUGUCACACAUCGCCAGGGGAGUCUCUCAUUCCAGCGGCCCUCAGGUGUGGUGGCGGCAGCAGCAGCAGCAGGAGGUGUUGGGUUGUGUUGUGUUGUGCUGUGUUGGGUGUCGCUGCCCCACCACCCAGGUAGUUUGUGUUUGAUGACACACUGCACACAACUUUGGUGUCUGUGGUAAUUCUGGGGCAAUGCCUCAGUCACCACGAGUCUCUGUGAGUCAGGCGACUUCGGUGAGUUUCUGAGACACUCAGAAUCCAGAGUGUGGUGGUCUCAUUUGUGGCUGUGUACCGUGGAUCAGAGUAAGGGUUGUCCCCCUCAGCCUUAUGUGGACGUGCUCAAAAGGUUUACUUGGUGUGUGGCAGAGUGGCGAUGCAAGGCUGCCCUCUGCGCCCCGCUGGGUCACUCCUUACUCAUGUGUGAGGUGUCAGAGCAACUAAGGAUGAUCUAUGAUUUUUACAACUCAGGCUUAUUCUGGCUCACAAGUAUCAUCUGUUGACGCGCUGUUUAGGCUUAUUGCCACAAAGAGUGAGACAUUCACACCAAUGACUAAAGACUGGCCUGUGAGAUUCCAAAUUCCUGGCAGAAAUAUGUGCCACAGAAGCUGAAGAGCAGACAGACAGUGAACAAGUGAAAAUUUUGGAGCAAGGAAUGAAUUUUAAGCAGCCUUGUAUGACAUGCUCCGAACACUUACUAAAAUCACUGUCAUUCUCCCCACUUAGCUAUGUGUUGCCUGACCACUAUGCCUUAUGAGCCCUGCCUGGCACCUGGUCGUAUCACACCACCUGCAGGCAGCCAGGAGGACAGCACCAGCAGCCACCCCCACACAAAGCACCCCAUGUACUGAUACCCACACUGCUGACAGCUGAACCUUUCACCGUGACAUGCAACACUUCACACCACCAAAACCAAUGUAUGAAUCCUUCACAAGCAAGUACAAGACAGGAGAUUUAAAAAAAAAGAAUAGAUUUUGGAGUUUCUAGAUGCAUGAUGUUUGGAGGUGGCUAUACAAUGAGAAGAAAUAUCUCAAAAGUGAUUAAGGACUGAGAAAAUAUAUACCAAGUAGCACUGAAAGGGUUAAAUCAAAAGGGUUAAACCGAAAGGCUUAAAUAGAAAAAUGGAAAGGGUUGAAUUGAAACACACCUUGCCACUGCUGCUGCUGCCCAGCCACACCCUCGGGACACCCCUAGGCCACCCCACGAGGCCACCCCAGUCCCCUGUUCCCCCUGCGGUGCCCCUCGCCCAGGCCACACCAAGCUGUGAUCAUGCCGUGGGAGGCGACGGGCCGAGCCGACUGCUGCAUUUGUCUGCCGGUCGAUUCACACUGUUUUUGUUUUCGGUGAUUUGAGACUCAGGGUCAUUUUUAUAUCAAGUGCUUGUAUGUGCCGACGACAACAGCGACGCAAGUGUGUGUGUGCGAGGUGAUUCCGUUUGGCUUCUGAUGUCAUGUAGCCUGUUCAUUCUGUCUGUCUGUCCGCCCCUACCCUUCUCUUCCCUUUCAUUUCACUCCCUUUUUUGCUUUCCCUUCUAGCUUUCCAUACAUCCCAACUAAACACCAUCUCUUGUAUCCUAUUCUGUCUCAUCCCUGCCCUCCUCUUCUCUUUUAUUCCUCUCCCUUUUUGCUUUUUCUAGCUUUCCAUAUGUCCCAACUAAACACCAUCUCUUGUAAUCUACUCUGUCUCUGUCCCUGCCCUCUCGUCUUUCCUUUUAUUUGAGUCUAUUUGCUUUCCUUUAAGCUUUCUGUACCUCCUCACCAGUGAACACCUCUUCCUCAGCCCUCAGAUAUGAUGGAGCCUAGCAAAUGUUUAUCCUACUCUGCCAUAUCCUUUGCUUUCCUUUCCCCAGUCAUUUUUUUUCCUUCAUUUUGUUAAUUUCUCUGUUGAUUCUGGGCCCUUUAUUCUUCCCACUCUUCCAGUUCUCUUUGCCUCGCUGUUCUGUAGCCUUCUCUUCCUGCUUCCUUCCCUUUCAGUCUCAACCUUUUCUUCUUUCUGUACUUCCUGUAUGAGUUUUCUUCGUUUCUCAUCUACACCUUCCCUAUCAUCAUCAAUUCUCAAUCUCCAGUUUCUUUAAUAUUUCUUCAUGUGGUUAAUGUCCAAAAAAAUUAUUUCUCUCAUUUUCCCUCCCAGUUUCCGGCUGUCCCUCACAUGUCAGCUGUUCAUUGUUACUGCUGGCCAUAACUCCAGACAUCUCCCAACUUUUGUUAUACUAAGUGACUUCCUUAUUGAUCAUUUGUCUGAAUGCGCAUACUUUUAACUUCUGUCUCUGUCGCCUCUGUAAGUCCAUGGUCUUGUUUCUGAUAGCUUCCAUUUCUUUCUCUAUCUUCCAAGUUCAUUUCUCAGAUUAUUUGUGUCGUUUUCUGUGUCUUUCAGGUAAAUAUGCAACUCUUGUAUCUUCAUAUCAGUGUGUCCAACUCUUGGCAAAUAUUCAUGUUUUCGUGUCAAAUAAUUCUUGUUUCCUUUUUUAUCUUUUGUGAUGGUGAGUGACUUCUUUGUUUAUCAUUUGAAUACGUAGAAUUUAAUUUCAUAUCACUGUGUCACCUCUACUUAAGUAUUCGUGUUUGUCUGUCUGUUAAUUCUUGUGUGUGUUUCUCUAUCAUUCAGGUCCAUUUGUAAGGUUAUUUGUACUCCCGUUUUCUGUCUCACAUAUCCCAUCCUAUUUGCAGUUCGGUAAUCCUCCUCUCUCAUACUAACUUGAAUCUAAAUUUCAGUCGUUUGUAUUUUAGAUCUGUGUGCUUCAAAAUGUCCAUAGCCUUUUAAAUUUUCAGUUUUGCGCCUCUUGACUUUGUGUGUGUGUCCUGCUGCCUUCAAUGUUUUAUAGUUUCAUUUAUUUUGGCUGCUUCUCAAUGCCACAAACUUGACUUGGCAAUACUGUUUGGGCUCCCUCACAAAUGCCACAAAGCUGUCUUGGCAAUACUGUUUGGGCUCCCUCACAAAUGCCACAAAGCUGUCUUGGCAAUACUGUUUGGGCUCCCUCACAAAUGCCACAAAGCUGUCUUGGCAAUGCUGUUUGGGCUCCCUCACAAAUGCCACAAAGCUGUCUUGGCAAUGCUGUUUGGGCUCCCUCACAAAUGCCACAAAGCUGUCUUGGCAAUACUGUUUGGGCUCUCUUGCUGUCCCAAACUCCGCCACAUUGACCACCCAGCCCUGCCACACCCCUGACUUCGUGUUCUGGUUGUGUUUCUCAUUGCCACGAAGCUGACUUGGCUAUGCUGUCCCUCCUUCACUGCAGUCGUUAAGGGCGUGCUGUUUGGGGUUCAGGCUUGCAGUUCUGUUUUCUUUGCUGUCAGAAUUGUUUACCCUCAGUUUUCAUUCCUUUUUUUUUUUUUUUCUUUUGUUUAUUUAUUUAUUUAUUUAUUUAUCUUUAUCCGUUUCAUAUGCUAGGUUAUUUUAUUUUAUUUUUAUUUUUUUUUUGUCCCUCACCCUCUCCUCCGCCCCCCCCACCAUUACAUGUUACCCUCCCGCAGUGUGUGUGUGUGUGUGUGUGUGUGUGUGUGUGUGUGUGUGUGUUUUCCCGUGACUUUAUAAAAAUGCAUUCCGUAAGUGUUUAUUUAUUUAUCUAUUUAUUUAUGUAUAUUAAUGGAUGCAGUUUUUUUGUUUUAUUUAUCUGCAUUCCGUUUUUUUUUCCUAUCCAUUUAUUUGUGUAUUUAUGCAUUUAUUUACUCAAAGAUGUUUUUUUUUUCUCUUCAUCUGAAAAUAAUUUAGAUUUGCUACUUAAAAAAAAAAAUCAAGAUAUUUUUUGUUUAUUUCGUUGGAAUUUGCGAUUUUUUGAUCAUGUGUAUAUGAAUUGGGUGUUAUUUAUUAUUAUUAUUUUUUUUUCUUAUUGAUAGAUGCAAUAAUUUCCUGUUUAUCCUUCAAUUUAUUGCAGUGUAGUGAAAAUCGAAGGAAAUAGUGAAAAUAUUCAUGCUUUCUCUCCUUUCUUGUCUUCCUUCCCUCCUUUCUUCUUUCCUUCAUCUUAUUCUCCUCUUCCUCUUGUUCUCUUAUUCUUCUUCCCUUCCCACUCCCUCCUCCUCCUCCUCCUCCUCCUCCUCCUUAUCAAAAUAGGUAAUCAAAGUUAUGUAUGUGCGUGUGUGCGUGUGUGAUAGAUGAUAGAAGGGAUAACAUACACACACACACACACACACACACACACACACACACACAGAUUUCUUUUCAAUAUACGUAAUUCUUAGUUUUGAAGCGCCCUCUGUCUACCUAUGCUGUUGUAUGCUUCAUUUUGGGCUCUUUUGUAAGUUAUUGGUGAAAAAAAUAACACUCCUUUGAAAUGCGCUUUAAGAUGCUUGAGUGUGUUUGGUUAAAUUUUUAUUUAUUUAUUUUUAUUUAUUUAUUUUAUUUUUUUGAGUGACAAUGAAACUUGUAUUAUGCGUAUUUAGUGUUUAUUAUUAUUAUUAUUAUUAUUAUUAUUAUUAUUAUUAUUAUUAUUAUUAUUAUUAUUAUUAUUAGCGAGUGUGUCAUGAAUGUUCGUGUUUUUUUUUAUUGUUAUUUUUGUUAUUUUUGUUAUUUUUACGGGAAUUAGCAUCUGUCUUUAUUUUCGCUGGAUCUUGAUUUGACUUUAGUUAUAUUACGGUAUUUAGUGCAAGUGUGUGACGUGAAGUGUUUAUUAUUUUUAUUAAUAUUAUUAUUAUUAUUAUUAUUAUUAUUAUUAUUAUUAUUAUUAUUAUUAUUAUUAUUAUUCAUUUAUUUUUAUUAUUACAGGAUUAACCAGCAUCCAUCAUUCUUUUGUUUUAGAUCUUCAUUUGACAGUGGUUGUAUUUAGUGCGUGUUAUUACUAUUAUUAUUAUUAUUAUUAUUAUUAUUAUUAUUAUGGUUAUUUUCUUUAUUUUUUAUCAUUACUUUUAUCGAGAUUAAGUAGCAUCUGUCUUUCUCCUGCUUAGAUCUUCGACUUGAUAUUGGUACGCGGUUUAAGGAAAUAUUAAGUAGCAUCUGUCUUUCUGCUUAGAUCUUCGACUUGAUAUUGGUACGUGGCUUAAGGAAAUAUUGGGUUGGUGUAGCACGUAGAUGGCUGACAAACUAUAUUUUUACAUUUGGUAAUUGGAGUCUGCUCUGAUCCCUGCCCACUUCACCUUUGUCCAAUACGAGCACUUAUCAAACCGCAUUUUUUAAUUUUCCUUUUUUGGUAUGUUACGAUUUAGACUCUAUUGAAUGGGAUGGAUUUUGUUUAUACGCAUUUUUUCUUUUUUUUUUUAAAUUUUUUUUCUCCUCCAUAUAAGCUAGAUUUGAAUGUGAUAAGUUUUGUAUACUUGAUAUAAAGUCAUUUUGGAUACGAUAGGUUUUUUGUUUGUAUUCGGAAAGUUACUUAAUAUAACCUUAAUUUCAAUACGAUAGAUUUCAUUUAUACUCAGAAACUUUCAUAUAACCUACAGUAGACUUGUCAUGAGCGCUUUUUUUUUUAUUUAUUAUUAUUAUUUAUUCAUUUUUUUUUUUUUUUUUUACCUUUCAUUUAUUUCUAUAACUCGCCAAGAAGCAUAACUUUAUAUAUAUUACCUCUAAUUCAUUUACUCUGCUAUUUAGAAUGUCACCAUAUAUAUGACUUGUGUGACUUUGCGGUAAAUAUUUUCCAGUAUCAUCACCCUCAUGACCUCGGAUUGGUUAAAAUUCGAAAAGAACCAUCAUACCAUUAAUUUUUCAUCGACCCUCACUUGACUUUGAAUUAAUCCCAUGAGAUUUAUGAAAUUUUACGAGUCUCAGUUUUUCUUCUUUUUUAUAUAUAUAAUUUGCAAGGAACCAUUGUAUUAUUAUUAUUAUUAUUAUUAUUAUUAUUAUUAUUAUUAUUAUUAUUAUUAUUAUUAUUAUUAUUUCAUGCUAGCCAGUAAAUUAUAUUGGACUUCGUAAUGGUACCAAAUUUUACGAGUUCCGGUUUGUCAUUUCUUUGUGAGGAACCAUUGUACUGUUACUUAAGUAUUUUAUAUUGACUUGUUUGGCUCACAGUAAAUUAAUUCUAUUGCUUUCAUAAUGAUUUCGGGUUUUUGUUAUUCUUUUUUUUUUUCGUUUAUUUAUUUAUUUAUUUUUGUCUUUUUGUGACUAACGAGUGAGGAACCAUUUUAUUUACUCUCAUUUCGUGUUAACUUGUUUGGCUUGCGGUAAAUCCUCUUGCUCACAUAUUGCUACUAAUUCAUUGUUUCUCUCUCUCUCUCUCUCUCUCUCUCUCUCUCUCUCUCUCUCUCUCUCUCUCUCUCUCUCUCUCUCUCUCUCUCUCUCUCUCUCUCUCUCUCUCUCUCUCUCAUCUUUUGUUACUGUUAUCUGGCUAUAAAUCUCCCUCAAAUGGUAACAACUUUCAUUAUAUUCGUUAUAUAUAUUUUUUUACUGGUGUUUGUCUAAAAUCUUCAAAUGAUAACCAACUUUCAUUACCAUUAUUAUUUUCCUUUUAUUACCAACCUACUAUAAGAUCUAAAGGCAACAACUUUAAUUUUCAUCCUAUCUUUCAUUUUAUUUAUUUAUUUUUAUUUUUUUUCGUUACCAUUGCAUCACAACACACAAACUUCACAAUAAUCACAACACACCCUUUUCAACGGCAUCACAUUACGAGAUUCACACGCCCACCACUUACCAUUAUUAUUUUCCUUUUAUUAUCGACUAUAAAAUCUAAAAGACAACAACUUUCAUCAAUUUUCAUCCUUUCUUUCAUUUAUCUAUUUAUUUAUUUUAUUUUUAUCGUUACCAUUGCAUCACAACACAUACAAACUUCACAACGAUUACAACACACCCUUUUCAACGGGAUCACAUUACCACAACAAUCACAACACACCCCUUUUCAACGGGAUCACAUAACAAGAUUCAUACACCCACUACUUCUAUAACUCCAGGAAACCGUAGCAAUAUUAUUCCUCCCUCCUCCCCCCUGCUGUGGCUUGAAAAAGGGGGGUGGGGGUGCUGGGAGGUGGUGCAGCCCCUCCCAGCGCCAUCAGAAGGGGUAAUGACGCAUGGCACUGUCUUGCUCGCUAGCUUUAUUUAUGCAUAUGCGUGUGUGUUUACAUUUAAAAGGUUUUGCAGCUUUUAUGUAUUUGUCUAGCUUCUAUUUCUACAUUAUUAUUAUUAUUAUUAUUAUUAUUAUUAUUAUUAUUAUUAUUAUUAUUAUUAUUAUUAUUAUUGUUGUUGUUGUUGUUGUUGCUUUAUGGGACCUGUGAGUAUUGUAGCUUCCAGUGCUUAGUUUCUCUCUCUCUCUCUCUCUCUCUCUCUCUCUCUCUCUCUCUCUCUCUCUCUCUCUCUCUCUCUCUCUCUCUCUCUCUCUCUCUCUCUCUCUCUCUCUCUCUCAUUUUGCCCAUUCAUCUGCUCCUUACGUAACCUAACCUAACCUAACCUAACCUAACCUAAACUUAAUUGACCUUACCUGACCUGACCUUGCCAUACCCUCCGUUACUGAAGCCAAACUAACCUAACCUAACCUAACAGAGCCUAACCCUAUCGUAACCAGUGCUUUUAUUACCUAACCUAACUUAUCUCAUCUUAUCUUAACAAAUAUAACCUAAGCUGACCUUAUUUUGAUUGAUUUGACCUUGUCUUGACCUAACCUAGUCUUCUAUUCUAUUUUUAUUUUUUUUUCAUUUAUCUACGUGUUUGCUUCCUUCCUUUUUUUUCCGGUUCCUUUUCUCUCUCUCUUCUCUUGUCUUCAUCUUCUCCUCCCUUCCUUCUAUCCUUCUUUACUUCCUCCUUUUUCUUAAUUUCUUUACUUGCUUUCUUCCAUCUAAUCCCUUCCUUCCUUCCUUCCUUCCUUCCUUCCUUCCUUCCUUCCUUCCUUCCUUCCUUCCUUCCUUCCUUCCUUUCUUUCUUUCUUUCUUUCUUUCUUUCUUUCUUUCUUUCUUUCUUUCUUUCUUUCUUUCUUUCUUCCUCUCCCUCCUUCCUUCCUCCUGUCCUGUCUUUACUGUCCUUUUUCUUCCUCUCUCCGUCCCUCCCUCCCUCCCUCCUUUCCUCCUUUGCCUCCUUCCUCCCUCCCUCCUUCCCUCCAUUGCUGUAAUGUUAAUGAGACGUGCCUGUAGAGUUGUAUUAUAAUAUCGUUAAUUAUAAUAUUAAUAAUAACAUUAUUACAUAAUUCAUAACGAGAAUUAAGUAAGCUACCAUGGUGAACCCUCCCCCCCCAACUUCCCCCUCCCAGAGAGAGAGAGAGAGAGAGAGAGAGAGAGAGAGAGAGAGAGAGACUUGCAAACAUUGAUAAAUCUGCUAAAACAAAUGAAAAAAAUAAAUUGAAGUAUUUUCAUCGUAAAACAAACGAGAAAAAAAAUAUAUAUAAAAUCCUGGGAAUUAAUGAUGAACAAAACAAAACAAAAAAAAAUAAAUAAAUAAAAAUAAAAUAAAUAAAUUAAGAUAACUGUCAAUUGGCAAGGAUAAACCUGAUUGGCUGUCUAAAUAUGAAGAAGAAAUCUCAUUGGAUACCAGUUUGCAAGGAUAAAUCUGAUUGGCUGUCUGUGCGUGAGAGGCGAGAGACAAGACAGUGUGGAGAGAGAUGACUGGUCGGCUGUGUGGUGUGCAGGCUGCGUGAUUGGCUGGCUGCUGUGUGAUAAAGGCGUGUGAUUCGCUCGCUCAUCAAGGCUUCUUCAGUAGUGUCUGGAUGCUGUGAUUUCAUUGGCUGUGUGUGUGUGUGUGUGUGUGUGUGUGUGUGUGUGUGUGUGUGUGUGUGUGUGUGUGUGUGUGUGUGUGAAGCUUACCAUUUGAAAUUGAGUGUUUUUUUUUCAUAUAGGUAUUUAUUUUCCAAGUCCCCGCGUAAAUAUAAAAGACGAAGUAGUUGUCAUUUGUAUAAUACUCAGUGUAUGUUUGUUAUUGAUUUAUUUUAUUUUAUUAUUAUUAUCAUUUUAUUUAUCUAUUUAUUUAUUUAUUUUAUUUUAUUUAUUUAUUUUUUCAAGGAGACGUGGGACAAAUAGAAGAUCAAAAUGAAUGUGAUAGUGUAAAAAUGAGACUGUUUUAUUAAGUGUUGUGAUGGCUAUUAUUAUUAUCACUUCUGUUCAUGGAGAGAGAGAGAGAGAGAGAGAGAGAGAGAGAGAGAGAGAGAGAGAGAGAGAGAGAGAGAGAGAGAGAGAGAGAGAGAGAGAUAGAGAAUAUAUCAGAACUUAAUGGUAUAAUGUGUAAGAAAAGUGAUGAUACAUUAAAAAAAAAAAAAAAAAACGAAAACUCAAAUCUUGUAUUCCAUUUCAAGUUCGUAUUCUGUGCAAGAGCUUCACUACUACUACUACUACUACUACUACUACUACUACUACUACUACUACUACUGUUAUUUGCACUUGUGAGAAGAAAAAAAUAUGUGUUUAUGGUAAUGAGAGAGAGAGAGAGAGAGAGAGAGAGAGAGAGAGAGAGAGAGAGAGAGAGAGAGAGAGAGAGAGAGAGAGAGAGAGAAAGUACGAUAAUUGAAGUUAUUUAAAAAAAAAAAAAAAAUCAGAGUGAAGUGCAGGGAAAUGGAAUAUGGUAAUGAAGAGUUUGAAAAAGAAAAUAAAAGAAAAAGAAAAAGAAAGAAAAUGGUGCGAAGAGAUGUAAGAUAAGGAAUAAAUAAAUAAAUAGUGAAAUAUCAAGAAAAUUUGUAAUAAUGCAAACGUUUAAUAUUGAGAGGAAAAAGUGGUGAGUGAAAAUGAAGGAAUGAUACAAGUUGAGAGGAAAUGAAACUUGGAAAGGUAGAAGAAAAUAGAGAAAAUAGUAAAAUAUUAAGAAAGUGAAUUAUAAUUUGACACGAAGUUUGAUAUUGAGAGGAAAAGUGAUGAAUGAAAAUUGAGGAAUAAUACAACACGAAAGGAUGUAGACGAGAAAAAAAGAAAAAUGUUGAAUAAUGAAAAAAAAAGUGAUACUAUAGAAAAAACAAACAAACAAACAAACAAACAGCCAAAUUGAACUAAAUAGUGUGUUUUAUUUUAUUUGAAUUAAGUUACUAAUAUUUUCUUUUAUUUAUUUACAGAGAAGUAGUCAAUUUGAACUAACUUCUUGAUACUUUCUUUUAUUUUUAUUUAUUUAUUUAUUUAUUCAUAUUUUUAUUUAUCGUAUAUUUAUUAAUUUAUAUUUAUUUACUAAGAAAAGAACAUUUCGAACUACAGCGAUAAUGUCUUAUUUAUUUAUUUGCUUAUUUAUAUAUUUUUACCCCCAUUACAAACGCUAUUUAUUUAUUUACUAAGAAAAAAGAACCAGCAAAUUUGAACUAUAGCGAUGAUGUCUUCUUUAUUUAUUUGCUUAUUUAUAUAUUUUUACCCCCAUUACAAACGCUAUUUAUUUAUUUAUUAAGAAAAAAAGAACCAGCAAAUUUGAACUAUAGCGAUGAUGUUUUUAUUUGUUUAUUUACACAUCUAUAUAAUUCCAUGCCAUUAUCGUACAUUUGAAGUGCAUUCAGUACUACUUUUACAAACACCUGACUGAGAGAUUGUAUUGAAACAUCCUGAUAAUUAUUUCCCACUGGCUAACGAGUUGGAGUCUGAUACGUUAAUGUAAAACUUCACAUUAUACAUUAAAAGAAAAAAAAAUAAUAAUGAUGCAAAAAAGAAAGCAUGAGUAUUUUAAUGAACUUUUUUUUUAUAUGCUAAGAAAAAAAUAAACAUAAAAUGAUGCUUUUUUUAUGAUUAUCGUACGCGUAAAAAUAAAUAACAAGAAAAAAAAAUCAGAUAAACUUUGUAAAUAAAUUUGUUAGUGUUGUAAUGACCGUGUGUGUGUGUGUGUGUGUGUGUGUGUGUGUGUGUGUGUGUGUGUGUGUGUGUGUGUGUGUGUGUGUGUGUGUGUGUGUACAGACAAGCCUCUGCCCUCCCUCCCCUCCCUUCCCUUUUUGUAAGCAGUGAUCAUGUUAACAGAAGAAAAUAAACCAAGAAAGUACA